AUGGAUGGUGAUAUUACAGGAGCACUUAAUUUCUUUAGUCACACAAUCGAUGGUUCUCCUCCAUGGAUGGAUGGGAACCCUAAAUUGGGCUGGCUAAGCUCGAAUUUUGCACAAACACCAGUACGAAUUACCAUUCACGAUCUGCGAGGUAAAGAGAACAUUAUCGAUCUCGACACUAAUGGCUUUGAAAUACUCAAAUAUGAUGGUGAUAUACAUGAUGAAUUCAAUGAUAAUAGUGAAACCCAACAACAUUAUUAUGAAGAAAUUACUAGCGUGUUGAAAAAGCGUUUAGGUGCCUCUCGUGUAAUCAUCUACAAUCACAUAACACGUUAUCGAGGACCACCACGUCCGGUCGAUCAAUGCGAUUUGUACCACAGGAAUCCUGUCUUCUAUCCACAUGUAGAUUAUGAUCCACCUGCUGCUCACUUUAAAGUCAAACAAAUGCUUGGCGAAGAAGUGGCUACCAGAGUAAUGCAAAAGCGUUGUCAAAUUAUCAAUGUUUGGCGUCCAUUGGGUCCUAAUCCUAUAAUGAAUACUCCAUUAACCAUUUGUGAUUAUCGUUCAUUAGAUCUUGACAAUGAUCUUCAUGUAUCAGAAAUUCGCAAUUCCCUAGUUACUAUUGCACUCUACAUUAUCUCGCAUAAUAGCCAAGAUGCUCAAAAGUGGUAUUAUUUAAGUAACAUGCGAUCGAAUGAAAUGUUUGUCUUCAAAAUAUUCGAUAGCAAACCCGAUGUUGCUCAAUUCGGUGCUCACACAGCGUUUAUCAAUGAGUCUGUGCUUUCGACGAACAUCCAACAAUGUAGUAUUGAAGUUCGUUGUCUCGUCCUUUAUGAUUAA